UACAAAUCCAUUCUAGAGCCCUACUAAAAUCCUAAUUCAGCACUGCAGCUGGUGAUAAACAAUUUCUUUUCUACGGGUUUGUCGUUACGAGGGAGCUAAAAUGCACAGGCUACCGAGGCGCUCCGUCGCUGCUAUUCUGCGCAACGGCGGCGCACGACAACGAAGUGUAGCUGCUACUCUAAGUUCCUCGUCGACUUCAUUCACCAACUCAUCUCAAGAUGGUGAUUCUAGGCUCUCCCAAUCAUCAAGAAGAUACUAUUCAGUGAUGAUCUCAGGAAGACGGAACAUUAAUCAUCCCACCCUGUUCAACCUAAGCAGUGGCCUGUUUUUGGGGAAGCAAUAUGAAUCGACAGCAGCGGCAUCUGUUGCCUCUGAUCCUCCAGUUCAGAAAUAUGAGUACCAAGCAGAGGUUAGUCGUCUCAUGGACCUCAUUGUUAACAGUUUGUAUAGCAACAAAGAGGUCUUUUUUCGGGAGCUCAUUAGCAAUGCAAGUGAUGCCUUGGACAAGCUGCGUUUUCUGAGUGUUACAGAUCCCGAGCUUUUGAAAGAUGCAGUAGAUCUUGAUAUCCGUGUCCAGACAGACAAAGACAAUGGGACUAUAACUAUUACUGACACGGGUAUUGGUAUGACCCGGCAAGAGCUUGUUGACUGUCUUGGAACCAUUGCACAAAGUGGAACUGCAAAGUUCUUGAAGGCAGUGAAGGAUAGUAAGGGUGCUGGUGCUGACAACAAUUUAAUAGGUCAAUUUGGUGUUGGGUUUUACUCAGCAUUCCUAGUUUCUGAUCGAGUUGUUGUUUCAACAAAGAGCCCAAAAUCUGAUAAGCAAUAUGUAUGGGAAGGAAAAGCCAAUGCUAGUUCUUAUACAAUUCGAGAGGAGACAGACCCAGAGAAACUCAUUCCAAGAGGGACAUGCCUUACACUAUAUAUGAAGCGUGAUGACAAAGGCUUUGCACAUCCAGAAAGAAUUCAGAAGCUUGUGAAGAACUAUUCACAGUUUGUCUCGUUUCCUAUAUACACCUGGCAAGAAAAGGGAUUUACUAAAGAGGUUGAAGUUGAUGAGGAUCCAGCUGAAACUAAAAAAGAUGGAGAAGAUGGCAAGGAUGAGAAAAAGAAGAAAACGAAGACCAUGGUUGAGAGGUAUUGGGACUGGGAGCUCACCAAUGAAACCCAGCCUAUUUGGCUACGCAACCCUAAGGAAGUCACUACAGAAGAGUACAAUGAGUUCUACAAGAAGACUUUCAAUGAGUACCUGGAUCCUUUGGCAUCUUCACAUUUCACUACAGAGGGUGAAGUAGAGUUCAGAUCUAUUCUUUAUGUGCCAGCUAUCGCUCCCACAGGAAGAGAUGAUAUUAUUAAUCCCAAGACAAAGAAUAUAAGGCUCUAUGUGAAGCGAGUGUUUAUUUCAGAUGACUUUGAUGGGGAGCUGUUUCCUAGAUAUCUAAGCUUUGUGAAAGGUGUUGUGGAUUCAAAUGACCUUCCACUGAACGUCUCACGAGAAAUUCUUCAAGAAAGUCGCAUUGUACGGAUCAUGAGGAAGCGAUUGGUUCGAAAGGCUUUUGAUAUGAUCUUGGGCAUAUCUAUGAGUGAGAAUAGAGAGGACUAUGAGAAGUUCUGGGAGAAUUUUGGCAAGAACCUGAAGUUGGGAUGCAUUGAAGAUCGUGAAAACCACAAGCGUAUUGCACCUUUGCUUCGAUUCUUCUCUUCUCAGAGUGAUGAAGAGAUGAUCAGUUUAGAUGAGUAUGUUGAGAACAUGAAGCCUGAGCAGAAAGAUAUCUACUACAUUGCAACAGAUAGUCUGACAAGUGCAAGGAACACUCCUUUCCUAGAAAGGCUUUCUGAGAAAGAUUUUGAAGUUCUCUUCUUAAUUGAUCCCAUUGACGAGGUUGCCAUCCAAAACUUGAAAUCCUACAAGGAAAAGAACUUUGUUGACAUCAGCAAGGAGGACUUGGAUUUAGGUGAUAAGAAUGAGAAGGAGAAGGAGAUGAAGCAGGAGUUUGGUCAAACUUGUGAAUGGAUCAAGAAGCACUUGGGUGACAAAGUUUCUAGUGUUCAGAUAUCUAACCGCCUGAGCACAUCACCGUGUGUUCUCGUUUCUGGGAAAUUUGGCUGGUCUGCAAACAUGGAGAGGUUGAUGAAGGCACAGGCAGUGGGAGACCCAUCUAGCCUGGAGUUCAUGAGAAGCAGGAGGGUGUUUGAGAUCAAUCCAGAUCACCAAAUCAUCAAAGACUUGAAUGCUGCAUACAAGAGUAGACCAGAUGAUGAAGAUGCACUGAGAGCUAUUGAUCUUUUGUAUGACACAGCCCUCAUUUCUAGUGGUUUCACUCCUGAGAAUCCAGCUCAGCUGGGUGGUAAGAUAUACGAGAUGAUGAGCUUGGCACUCUCUGGUAAAUGGACUGCCCCAGCUACUGAUAGCCAGCAGGGACGGAUGAAGAACCCUGACACCAUGGAGGCCGAGGUUGUUGAAACCCGUUGAAGCUGGUAGUGAUAAAAUGACGAAGAGCUAGUGGAUUCCAAUAAUCCAAUUUACUUUUCUUUUUAUUUAAAUUGUAGAGAAAGAAAAAGUAGUAAUAGUUGUAGAGUUCAUCGGUAUAUUUUAGGUGUAUCCCGUGUUUUGCAACGAAAAUAUGUAAUAGAAAGAGAUUCAUAAGAAAUGAACACAUUUAUUGGAGACGCCAAUUUGACAA